UUCAGAAAGUCAACACCUGCAACAAAUCCUUCCUUUUCAACCUUCUUCAAUUUUCCUUUCACUUUCUCUCUUUCCAUCACUUUCUCGUUCCUCACCUUCGGAUUUUCUCAUCUCGCCCGAGAAACUGAUAUAGACUCAGACACACAAUAUCCGUUUUCCCCCUUCGCAGCAGCAAUAACAAUGGAGGAUAAGCACGCAUCUGCGUUCGAAUCCGCUGCCGCCGAAUCCAACGGUGUCUCCUCCGCUGCCUCUCACGGCGCCGACCAUGGCUGGCAGAAGGUCACCUACGCCAAGCGACAGAAGAAGAAGCCGAACAAGGCCGAUGCCGCUAACGAUUCGCGCGCCAAUUCCAAUAAGCUCGCUUCCAACGGCAUGCUCUCCGGCUCCGAUGGCGUUUUCAGGUCACUGGAGCUUCAGUCGGAGGACCGACGCCGGAGAAUUCUUGAGGCGCGGAGGGUGGCCGAAGAAGGAUUCGACGAUGCUCCUGUCAGAUCGAAGCAGCGGACUCGUGAUUACAACGAUUACGAUUCCGACGAUGAUGACGAGACGGAUCGUCACGCAGAGAACGGGAAAGCAGAGGAGGCGAAGAAGGUGAAGCAGAAGAAGCCGAAGAAGCCGAAGGUGACGGUGUCGGAGGCCGCCUCGAAGAUCGACGCAGCUGAUCUGGGAGCUUUUCUUGUUGAUAUAUCGUCAUCGUACGAGAAGCAGCAGGAUAUACAAAUGAUGCGGUUUGCAGAUUAUUUCGGACGUGCUUUUUCUGCUGUUAACGCUUCCCAGUUUCCAUGGGUGAAGUUGUUCAGGGAGUCACCAGUGGCUAAGAUUGUUGAUGUUCCAUUUUCUCACAUACCUGAUGCUGUUUACAAGACAUCGGCAGAUUGGAUCAACCAACGUUCCCCUGAAGCACUUAGUUCCUUUGUGCUUUGGGCUUUAGACAGCAUUCUUGCUGACUUAGCUAGCCAACAGACGGUCGCCAAGGGUUCCAAAAAGGCUGUGCAACAAGUGUCAUCAAAAUCUCAGGUUGCAAUAUUUGCUGUUUUGGCAAUGGUAUUGCGUCGGAAGCCUGAUGUUCUUAUUGCUGUGUUGCCAUCAUUGAGGGACAAUACCAAGUAUCAAGGGCAAGAUAAGCUUCCAGUGAUUGUAUGGAUGAUAACUCAGGCUUCAGUAGGAGAUCUGUCAGUAGGGUUGUUUGCUUGGUCACGGAAUCUCCUACCUAUAGUGACUAGCAAAAGUGGAAACCCACAAUCUAGGGAUUUGGUUUUGCAGCUGGUUGAGAAAAUUUUAUCAACCCCUAAAGCACGGCCUGUUUUAGUAAAUGGUGCUGUAAGGAAAGGGGAACGCCUAAUUCCUCCACCUGCUUUUGAAAUUUUGCUCCGGGUUACUUUCCCUACAUCUUCAGCUAGAGUAAAGGCUACUGAAAGAUUUGAGGUCAUAUAUCCCACUCUGAAAGAGGUUGCUCUCGGUGGUUCCCCGGGAAGUAAAUCAAUGAAGCAAGUUGGACAGCAGAUGUUCAAUUUCGCUAUCAAAGCAGCAGGAGAAAAUAAUCCUGAGUUGUCCAAAGAAGCAGCUGGUAUCUGUAUUUGGUGUUUCAGCCAGAGCGCUGAGUGCUACAAGCAAUGGGAACGAGUUUAUCAGGACAACAUUGAAGCAAGCGUUGCAGUUCUGAAGAAGCUUUCUGAUGAUUGGAAGGAGCAAUCAGCAAAAUUGUCUCCUUAUGAGGCACUAAGGGAUACACUGAAGGGUUUUAAAAUAAAGAAUGAGCAAGUAUUGACUACUGGGACAGAUUCUCGCCAAGCACUCUUCAAGGAUGCAGAUAAAUAUUGUAAGAUAAUAUUAGGAAGAGUUACCCGAAGCCAUGGCUGCACAGCAUGUUUGACCGUUACAGUCAUUGCUCUGGCUGUGGGAUUUGUGUUCUUGUCCCCCAACUUGGAGUCUUGGGAUGUUCAGAAGCUCUCUGCAGUUUUCAACCCUCAGCACUGAGCGCUCUGAAAAUAUUAUGCAUUGCUGGCAAUUGGUUGCUCGCACCCACGCAGGAAAUUUCUUUCCAUCCCAAUCCCGUUGACAAAAUGGGUACAGUAGACCAAUUGCCUCAUAAUAAAGGGCAUAAUGCGGAGGUUGUACACUUGGUUCAGAUACUUUUCGGCAGAUACAGAAUAGUUGCGGUCGACACUGCUUUGAGCUUUACUUUGGUUUGACCAUUUUAUAAUUUAUUUCAUGUUGUUUUGGUUGAGUUCCCAAAUUUUAGUUAUUUUAAUGCCUUACAUUAACCAUGCGGCAAAAUGCCAUAGGUAAUUACAGUGUAUUCUGAAGUGAGUUUAGUUGAAUCAAAUCUGGGCACACUUUUGAUCGGGAAAAAGAAAAAAAGAAAAGAGAUGGGCACACAACAUUUUCCCUA